AUGGAAAGAAGAGCAGCCCAAGAUCGAAGCAAAAGUGUAGAUAAAGCUUCAGAAAUUUUAAGCCGAAAUCAAGAAGGUGUUUUAAAAGACAAAAGCAAUAAUAAAGCUUUAUUUGAAAUGCCAUCUGAUUUUAACAUAGACAAACAUCUGAACAGUCGAUUAUUUAAACGCUUUCUAGAAGAAGAAUCAAGGCUUCAAAAAUCGAAACAAAAAGUUGUGGUAGAAAAAGAAACCAAGCAGACUCAGAUUAAAAAAGAAGUUCAGCCACCUCAGCCACCUCCACAGCUGAAAAAUGAAAGUCCGUUAAGAGAACGCAAAAUCCCACAAUUUUCCCAGCCAUCUCCAGAUUCCCCUCAAUCUUCUCAAUACCAAUCAAUGGAUUCCGGCGAAAUAAAAGGUUACUCUCAGCACAUUCCAGCCUAUAUCCCACAAGUGGACAUUUCUCGUCAAAAUUCCUUUGCUCAUUAUCCACAAUUUCAAUUCCCAUCCCAACAAUUUAUGCCUCCUCCCGCAUCAUAUUUUCCUUCAAUGUACCCUCAGAUAUUUCCUCAAAUGCAAUAUUCUGAAAUGAUUCUUCGUCAACAAACCGAAGCUCUUCAAUCUCAGCUUCAAUUCCUCCACCAAAAUGACAUUAAAUCCAAAGAAGAAUUUGAAAGAGAAAAAAAAGAGCUUCAAGACAUUAUUUCAAUAAAAGACAAUGAAAUCAUAAAACUAAAAAAAGCAUUAGAAAAUGCAAAGUAUGAUAUUAUGGACCUUGAAGACCAAGUGAGGAAUGGAGGCAAUUAUAAUGGAGAAGACUUCAAUAAUUUACAAAAAAGAUGUGCAUAUUUAGAAGAGCAAUUGCAAAAAGGAAAUAAAAACAGCGAUGGGUAUAAAGAAAGGUAUGAGCAAAGUGAAAUGGAGCUGAAAAAUGCAAAUUUAAGCAUUGAAGAGCUAGAAAGGCAGCUAAAUAAAGCAAGAGAAAAAAUUGAAGAGCUGGAAAAUAGAGUGAAUAGCAAUAAAAAUACAAGCAAUGCAGAAAAAGAUUUGGCAAGAGCAGAAGAUAGGAUUGAAAUGCUUGAAGCUGAGUUAGAAUCAUCAAAAAAGAAAUGCAGCCAACAAAUAAAGCAGCUAACCUUAGAAAAUGAUCAGCUUAAGCUCCAAAUUAACCAGCUUAAAAAAGCGCCUUCUAGAGAAGAUAUUGAUGAAAAUCCUAGAUAUUAUGAAAGAGAAGAGGAAGAAAGACCUAUUCGAGCAGAAGAGCCUAGAAGAAACCAAAAUCAGAACCGAGAGUCUCAUUCUCCUCUAAUAAGAAACAUGUCUAGGACUAAUAACUCAGCAUGUGUUGAAAACGCAUUGAACUGGGAAACCCCGCCUCGUCAAUUCAUCAAAAAAGAGCCCAAAAAGCCAGACGUCUCCCCAAUACCUGGCCCAAAAAAUGACAACAUUGACGUUAUGGCAAACAUGGAAAGCAAACUAAAUAUGCUCCUUGUAGAUAAACAGCGCCUUGAAAAUGAGUACAAUCGAAUUGCUAACAACGCACAAAACAAACGCCGUAAGGACGAACUUGAGCUGGAAAUCGACAUUUUGAAUACAAACAUCGGGAAUUUGAAAAACAAACUAGCUCCACCUCCUCCGUGAGCGAACAAAAAAACAUUUGAAAAAUCCAUAUUUUUUGGUAAAAAUCACCCUCUGCGAACGAACAAAAAAAAUUUGAUAUAUAAGUGAUUAUUAGUAUAACAAAAUCUCUAGCUUAUUCUGUUGAAUUUUUAAAUAACUUUCAAUUUAUAACAUAAGUUCUACAAAUUAAAUUAAUAUUUGCUUUUCAAUUUUUGUGAAUUGGGAUUUUUUAAAUUUCGAAAAAAUUACCCCUCCGUGGAUGAGCAAAUUUUUGUUUUCUCACGGAGAGAGAGGGGGGAAGUAGAAGCUUCAGGUAA